GAGCCCUCAGUGGCCACCACAGAGUUUGGGCCUGUGGAGGUGUAUGGCAACAAGUUCUUCAAUUCUAAGACUGGUGACCAGUUCUUCCUCAAGGGCAUUGCUUAUCAGCCCAGCAGAGCAGCCAAUGAUGUCGUUGCUGCGCUGUACGAUGGACUGACCAUCAUUGAUCCCAUGGCUGAUCCACGCCUCUGUCUAAGAGAUUUGCCCUACCUCUCUGCCUUGGGCGUCAAUACCAUCCGUGUGUACUCCAUUGAUACAGAGAAGGACCAUGAUGUCUGUUUCAAGGCAUAUCAAGACGCCGGUAUCUAUGUCAUUGCAGACUUGAGUGAGCCUGGUAGAAGCAUCAACAGAGAGAGUCCAAGCUGGGAUCUCACGCUCUUUGCCCGCUACAGAGACGUGGUUGAUUCCUUGCAAAAGUACGAUAACAUCUUGGGCUUCAUCGCUGGUAAUGAAGUCACCAACGACAAGACCAACACUGGUGCUUCACCGUUUGUGAAGUCAUCAAUUAGAGAUAUCAAGGAGUAUAUCAGGACUCAGAACUACAGAGGCAUCCCUGUUGGAUACUCAACAAACGACGACGCAGAGACGAGAGAUGACAUUGCAAGAUACUUUGCCUGUGGUGAUGAUACUGUGGACUUUUACGGUAUCAACAUGUACGAAUGGUGUGGAUUCUCCAGCUUCCAUACCAGUGGAUACAGAGAGCGUACGGAGGAGUUCAAAGAUUAUCCAGUCCCUGUGUUCUUCUCAGAGUUUGGGUGUAAUUUACAAAGACCACGUCCUUUCACAGAGGUUGAAGCGUUGUUUGGCAGCUUAAUGACACAGGUGUGGUCUGGAGGAUUGGCGUACAUGUACUUUGAAGAGCCAAAUGAGUUUGGUGUUGUUGAAGUUACAGCCAAUGGUGGCAUUAAACCGUUGCCUGAUUUCUACAACUUACAAAAGGCCUUUAGUUCAGCAAACCCUCGUGGAGUCAACUUGAGUGACUACAAGGCGAGCUACAAGCUGGUGCCAUAUCCAAAGUGUCCAGGCAAGUCCAAUGUUUGGAAGGCAUCCAAUGAGAUCCCACAGUCUCCAAACAAGGUCAAAUGUGACUGUAUGGAGUCCACCUUGAAGUGCAGGCUUGCCAACAUCAAGGAGACGAACUUGCCUAAGGUGUUUGACUAUGCCUGUGAUAAUGUUGAUUGUUCUGACAUCCGUGCGGAUGGUGUUGAUGGGAAGUAUGGUGUCUUCUCUGAUUGUUCUUCAGUUCAGAAGGCUUCUUUUGUCUUGAAUGAAUUGUUCAAGAAGCAAGGUGGUGGAACGUCA